GAAGUAAUGUCUGCCUCGCCGUGUUUCUUUCCUUUGUUUGGGUGCUUACCUCUGCACUCUUUAAUUCGCAGGAGUAUCUGUAAACCCAACCAUGAAGGCUGUAGCUCUGAUCCUCGCUCUCGCAGUCAUCACUGGCUGCAGCGCUCGCGUUGUGCGCCAGGCUGAUGCCACCGUGAGAUGGGAGGACACUGUGGAUCGCUUCUGGCAGUAUGUCUCUGACCUGAACCAGAAGGCUGAUGUGGUCGUGCGGGACCUGAAGACCUCUCAGAUCACCAGGGAGCUCGACACUCUGAUCACCGAUACCAUGGCCGAGCUGGCAGCGUACAGAGAUGACAUCAAUACCAAGCUGACCCCGUACGCCGAUGGCUCCACCGGACAGCUGUCUCAGGACCUGCAGCUUCUGGCCAACAAACUCCAGAAGGACAUGGUGGAUGCCAAGGAGCGCAGCGCCGUGUAUCUGGGCGAGCUCAAGACCAUGAUCGAGCAGAACUCCGAUGAUGUCCGCGGCCGCAUCGGCACUUAUAGCCACAAGCUGAAGAAGCGCCUGAACAAGGACACUGAGGAAAUCCGCAGCGCCGUGGCCAACUACCUGGGUGAGAUCCAGUCCCGCACCGUCCAGAACCUCGACACCGUGAAGGAGAACGUUGAGCCCUACGUCCAGCAGGCCGGUGACACCGCCAGCAAGAAGCUGGCCGACAUCUCCACCAUCCUGGAGUCUCAGGCUGAGGGCAUCAAGACCCAGCUGGAGUCCACCGCCCAGGAGCUGCGCACCUCCCUGGAAGGCAAGAUCGACGAACUGACCGAGAUGAUCUCCCCCUACGCCGUCCAGAUCCGCGAGCAGAUCGAGAACAUCAUGGACAAGGUCAAGGAGACCUCCAGCUCUUAAAGAAAGACUCUCUUAAUGUCAUGCUACCGAUGGGGGAAGAGAGUGACUUCUGACAUUUCCAUUUGGGUGCUCUUUUGUUCCGGAUAAGGGGGGUGAUGAGAUGAAGCGUGAGUUGCGUCUUUGAAGGCCAUCAGAUAAACGUCUCUUCUCUUAUUACCUCCCUUGAUCACUGAACACAAGCACCCCGUCAGUAAGGGCCUUUAAACAGGAAACAUUUCUGGCAAUAUGCUUUGCUUUUCUACUUUUAAUCAACAGUUAUAGCUAGCAACCCACCCGCCAACGUUUUGUAUUGAGCUUCCUACAUUUUGUUUGGUUGUCUACAAGCUGUCCUCAUUGGGGUGAUCCCAUCCCUAAAUGCACCAAACGCAAGUGUCUUUCUUUUCAAUAGAUGCACUGAAUAAUGAUUGUGAUGGAAAGAGGAGGAGGAGGGGGGGGGGGUUUUGAGAGGUGAACCACUAAAGUACCGUUCUGUAUUCUCUGCGUUUUUUGUUUGUUGUGCUUCACACAGAAGAAGAUAAACUCGAUGCAUCAGUGAGUGUAAUGCUGCCUGUCCGUUCUUUAGUCUGAAUGUUGUGUCCCUUGUGUGUCACGUACCCACCAUGCUGCUCACUGCUCUGCACACAGUGCGAGUGAAUAAAAAGUUAGAAAAGAA